UCGCCAGGCAUUGUGGGUGGCCGGCCGGGGUCUCCUGGAGACGACCAUGGCCGGAGAUGCGGGAGGUCGCGGUUGCCCAGGCUCGGAGAUGCUCCUGCACCCGGAGCUGCUGUCCCAGGAGUUCCUGCUGCUCACGCUGGAGCAGAAGAACAUAGUUGUUGAAGAGGAAAUAAAGAUCAACAAAGAUGACCUUACAGAUCUCUAUGUUCAACAUGCCAUACCAUUGCCUCAAAGGGAAUUACCAAAAAGUAGAUGGGGGAAAAUGAUGGAAAAGAAAAGAGGGCAAAAUGAAUUGAAAAAUGAGCAUAAAAGGGAUUUGAGUAUGGAAGGUUUACGGAAAAGACCCCUCAUUGUCUUUGAUGGAAAUUCAACAAGUACAAGCAUAAAAGUGAGAAAGACUGAAAAUGGAGCUAAUGAUCGUCUGAAGCCUCCUCCAUCUGUAGGCAUUACUAACAAUACCUUUAGGAAGUUACCAAAUUCAAAUGCUUCCUCCCUUACUCUGCCUUCCACCUUGCCUACAGACAUUAAAGUGGAAACCAAUAGUGACACUAAACAGAACCAUGUGCUAAUGACUAGUAGGAGUUCAUUGGCCAAUGUAAAAUCACCACCUUUGUCUCCUGUUGGGGGAACUACUGUUGUGAAAUUAAAGAGAACUGCUCCGAAAGAAGAAACAGAAUCAGUGAGUGAAUUAAAGCCCACAGAAGCAAAGAGGAAGAUCCAGCAUGUUACAUGGCCAUGAAUGAAUGGGGUUCCCCAAAAUGUAAAUAUAUCCUAUAACCAUAGAUUUCAGAACAAAAAGGUCACGUUUAUUGACCAGUUUAAGUACUAUAUUUACAGGGGUUCUGAUUGCUGUGGAAUUUUCUUAAAAGGUUUAAGACAGCCUUGCAGAUAAGUUCCAAAAAUUUACCUUCCCCUUAAACAUUUUUUCUUUUUAAUCCUUUUUAAUCCUUCCCCCUCAUACACUGGUAGUCAAAUAGUUAAAAAUCAGUAUUUUUUACUAAAGGCCUGAUAUGUCAUUAAUCAUAUUGGCCAAAUGGCUGUUUUCAAGUUUGAUAUUAAGCUUUCCGAUUCAGCACAGAAAUAAUUUUCACCAGACAACUUCAGAGUAUGUGACAAUUUUCUAAAUUUUUGUUCAUCUCCCAAUCUUUCUUAUAGGCAGUUUGGUGGGUUUUCUCCGUCAGUAUGUGCUCAGUGGAAGAAUGUUUGUCAUACAGAUGUAAUAGCAAAUAUUACUAAUUCCCAAGAGAUCACUAAGAAAAAUGAAUUCAUAACAUGGUUCUCAAACAUAAUCAGAAUUUACAUGUAAGCUGCAGUUGCUUUUAUGGUUUCCUCUAGCCACAGGUAACAGAGGGAAGCAGCUGCUGUUCCUUUCAUUGAUGGGACUGGUAAUAAUGGCAGACUGGUUUAGUUAUGAAUUUAUGGGUAUUUAUGUUUAUCCACCUGUGGGAAUUUACAUGUCACCCCUUGAUCUAUUGUUAUGAUCUUGCUCUUGAGAAUAAUACAAAUAUCAUUCACUGCAACUGAAUUUGAGGUUAAAGGAAUUUUGAACAUACAGAAAUGAUCAACUCAUAUUUAACCUAAAGGCCUAUUAAAAUAGUAGCAGCUUUUGACAGUGUGUGCUACUGUAGGCAUCCCUAUUAGAUACUGCCAGUACUGCUCGGUAAAGAGAAUUGUAUUAGUUGUAUGUAUAGAGGCCAGGGGAAAUUGUCUAGGAUGAGUAGAAGAAAAGAUUCUGGAGCUGAAAAUUCGCUGCAAAAGGACAUAUGAAAUGCCUGAUUUGAACUCUUAACUAGGUAGAACAUGCUAGUAUAUUUUAAUGGUCUGCCAUGGGAAUGGCUAUCAUCUUAACUCUUUAAUCACCAAAACAUUUUAAUUUAUUGAAUAAUUUGUUUGCAGUGGAAGCCAGUGGUAAAGAAGGAUUAAUUUUCAGUUAAUAUGCUUUACACCUAACUUUUCUUGAAAACAUUACUCACUUAAAGUACUUUUAUGGUUGACCUUCAACUUGGGGUAGGAUUUUUCCAACAUUUUGUAGAGUAGUACCAUUACUUUUUGAUGCUGAGCUUAUUUGCUUGAGUUUAAUUCUUGACUAGCCUUACAAACUGUAAUUUAGCUUUGUGGAUACUUUCUUAAAGUCCAGCCCAUGAUUUUUUUUCAAACAUUUUAUGCCUUCAGCUCAGGCUGUGUAACCUGUACUAUGUAUAGUAAAAUAGAUAAAGCCUAGGUGUCGAUGAUUUUUGGAGAUGUGGUAAUCUGCAGGGCUGAUUUAUGUGAUCUUGGACAACUACAGUGAUAAAUGUUUAUGUUUGAGUAUUGACACAAUUGCAGAUUUGGAGUAUUAUGAUAGAUUAUAUUUUGCAUUCUGUAGUUAUACUUAGCUUUCUUUUCCAUUUCUUUCUCAGUUGAGUGAAAAUUAUCCUAUUGGCAAUUCUUAGUCAAUAGAAACAUUGUAAUUGCUUUUAUUACUCAAUGAAAUUAAUUUCUUAUUUGUGUGUUUAACAUACAGGUUAAGUUGGUAAUAACAGCUGAACUGUGUAACACCAUUGCUUCAAAUUGAAGUUUAUAUUAUGGUCAUUCAGAGUAAAUGCACAUAUGGCAGCACAUUAUUAAGCUAUUCUUUCUGUUUGAAACAUUGUGGAGAAGUCAGAAUAGAAGAGUGCCAUGCCACGUACGUAUGUAAUAUGAGCAUCUUCUCAAGGUAUAGAUGCAUUUUCCUUUAAUGUAAGAAAAACCUUUCUCCACAUAAUAAUGCACGUUAAGGACAGGUGUUGGGGAGUAAAAGUGUUAGAAGCUCAGUGUUUUCCAUUUUUGUAUAGUGCGUUUCUGUCUCUCUUUUUAUAAUGGUUUGAAGGUCUUUGGAAGAACUUGGUUUGAACUUGGAAGAACUUCUUUCUGGAUAUUCCUUUAUUCACUAACAUUUUUUCAAGUCUAAGUUGUAGUUUCUAAUUAUACCAUCCACAAGAGCCAGAUUCUCUUAGUGUAGGGGUGGGCAGUAUGGUAUUGGUGUCACUGUGUGGCCUGAUAAAAUUUUAGUGGUGUUGUGUCACUUUCUUCUCUAUCAUAUAUACCCUUUUCUUUGAUUUUUAAAAAAUUCCUUUUUCUUUCUUCUCGAGUUUCCUUUCUUUUUAUCCAUUUCCCCCCCUUCUCUACUGCCUAAGCUUGAAGUCUCACCAGUGGCAUUUGGGUUAUUGAUGACAGUGCGGGCAGAAGGGAUUUGCUCCUGCCUUCUCUCUUAAGCCCUGGGUGUUGCUUUCCCUGUUGAGCCAAAAGGCUCCUGUUAACCACAGAUAGCAUUAUACAGAUACACUAAAUAGCAUCACUGGUCCAAAAAGUAAUGUACCAUUUUAAAAUCUCAUAUUAAAACCUAGAAAGUUACUAGGCACUAGGAGAAGCUGGCUCAACUAAUAUUAUGACCAUAAUCUGUAUGUCUUUAUUGAAGCUCUUCACAAUGCACUUUUUGGAGUUAGAUUUUUCUUGACUUUAGCUGUGGAAGAGGGUCCUAAAAGUGAUCUGAAACUCAUGAAGUAGCAAUUACCUUUUUUAAAGUUUACAUUAAGUAAAAAUACCAAUAGAUUGUCAUAAAUAUGUAUUUACUUCCCUUCACUAUUGUGGAUUUUCACUUACAUUUAGAUGCUGUAAAAUGUUCUUUUUUUACAAGUGUGCUCUUUUACUAAACACUCGUGCAGGUUUUGUACUUCAGUAUGGGAAAGCUUCAUAUUGUAAUGGACAUGUUUUGUAUGUAAAGAUUCUUUGAAGUAGCCUUAUCCUGACUGAAAUAAAAUGAA